AUUCCGACUCGUGUUCGUGUUGAGCGCAAUAAGCGUGGAUCGAGACAAAGAUGCCCCCUUUGACCAAGACCAUCACUUGGUCACUGUUCCAACAGGCGUGUGAGCGGCGAACCGCGUCAUCACCGCGGCGCCGCAGGAACGGCACUCCUCAAAACGGACCCGCUGCGUCGUGGGCAUGCGGCGCGACGAAGCAGAGCAGGUCCUUCCACACCCCCGUGACCCACAAGGGGGAGUGCUCGAGCACCUCGCUUCACAUGUACAUCGAGGCUGUCGCGACGUGCAAUCGAGGCUGCCAAGAACCAAACCCGCAGUCUAUCAUUUCUUGGCAAUGCAGAGAUAUAUAUCGAGGUGACCAAACAUGAAAAUUUUCCAGGGCACGACCUUCAUCAUGGAGCUAAUUCCUAGUGAUGAACCCGAAGAUCUGCAGGAAAUCCUUGACUGCGUACCGCUAGCGCUGCAUCCUCUCACCAGGAAAUAUGACGAGUUCAUCCGAGCCCCGUGGGAUCAUGCUCGAUACGCCGAAUUGUUGGAGGCCUUCGAAGAAUGCGGCAUGGACAGAUCGCUAGCUUGGCAAUUGUCCGAUGUCGUUUGCGCACUAGCAACGAUAGACGUAUACCACAACAUAGAUCUACAGCUGAAUAACGGCGCCCGAUUUGGAGACGAUGACUGGGCUGGCGAGAAUCUGUUUGACAAUCUCGACUCUUUGAUUGAAAGGUACAAUCUGAACACCGUUUGGCGAGAGAUGGUGCAAGAUCAGUACAAUCAGCGCGAAGUUCGCAUCUCUCGGAAAGUUAAAAACCUCAACCUCAAGGCCAGAAAAGCCACCAGCGGCGAGGCUAAAAAGGUCUACCGCGAACAGGUUGACUCAUACAUCAAGAACGUGAGCCCUUUGGCAGACGAACAAGUCAGGACACGUAACCCGAUUAAUCCUGUCACUGUUUCUCAAGUCGACGAUCUGCACCGAGCAUACGGAGCGCCGAUUGAAGUGUUGAAGCUAGAAGAGGAGUUCGAGCGAUUCAACGCCACGCCCUGGAUAGAAGAACGCCGCAGAUCACUUGGUCAGGCGGUUCGGGCUUGCGAUCCGGCUCGAGCUUGCGAUCCUGCUGGGCCUUGCAAGGGCACCCGGGCUUGCAUGUUCAAUGUUUGUGACAUGUCCGAUCUACGUCGCAGCAUAGAUGCGCUUACCAUUUUCGAGGAAGUGCAUAAUCGACUAGGUGACCGUUUGGCACAAGGUCUUUGCAGGAGAGGAAUAGAUGAACGCAAGAUCCAACUUCAGCGAUUAGAAGCUAUCCCGAAAGAAUGGAUUGAUUCCAUACUCCAGCAGCGGGCGAGUGCAUGGGAUCCUCCUGAAGAUUUGGUCCACCGUUUACGGCAGCAAACAAACCUAGUCGAGCGCGCUCACAUGCUUUUCAAAUCAAUUCCACACACGCCUGAUGAAAAGCUGAUGAGAUUUGCGAUGUCGUCGGUUUACUCCGUGCCGAUGCCGCCUUUGUCAAUCCAUCGCGAGCGGGAUGGCAUUUUUGAAUUCCAUUUCAAACCACAAGGCGAGCAAGGCGGUGGCUGGGAUCAAGACAAAUCCUUGUGGGACAGUGUGACAAACUUUAUCUACGGACAUCGCUUACGAGAAAACUACGAGUUAUCCUUCAAGAUCAGUCUCCAUGUCGGCAAAUGCGAUUAUUUCCAAAGCAGCCUUCUUGGCCAAGGAGGAAUACCUGACGAAGGUAAUGCGAAGCAAAUAUCCUUCCCAGUGCCUCAUGAUCCCCAAGGGAUUUUACAUACGAUCUGCCGUGAUCAGGCCGUUUUCGCAGUCUUCCAGGAGUUCCUCUUGGACCCGUUCAAUGAUAGCCGGUAUCAUAGCUUUUCUGCGGCGGCGUUAGAGCCGGACUCUAACGACUCCGAGGUGGACGAUGAGGACAAGUUCGAUGAAAUGAUGCCCCAAAGUUUGUGUCACAGUUUUUUGAAGAUGGCGGUCUUGGAGUUGUUGAAGAACGUAUACCUUUCGGACAAGGACAAGAUCGCUUACGACCAAUGCGUGCAGGCGCUUUCUAAGAUCCAAGAUGGAGCUCUAAAAGAUGAACAGGACGAGAGCUUCUUCUACAACCCUGAAUUGAAUGAAGCUGUGAUCAAAGCAGCUAAAAAUCCAAAUUUGUACGCAAUCCCCUCGGAGAUCAUUGUCGAAGCACAACAUGAGCCAGACCGCAGGAAGCGCGCGGACAUACUUUUACGCGGCGCUCCUUAUUUCCGGGCAGAUCCCCCAGAGCGAGACAAGAACCGCUGGUGCAUGGACGGCUGGCGUUUGGACGAAGCUGAUCGAUGCAAGCUUUUAGAUUGCACUUUAGUAUCCGAAGUUGACCAGGAUAAACUGAGACGAGCAGAGAAAGUGUUCGAUGCAUUCAAGAGAUCAAUCAAGGAUCCACUCGAUGUUCAACUUUAUGAGGCCUUUCGUAGAGAGAGUCAGCGACAUUCGUUCCCGGCAGAGAUGGCCGGAAAUAUAUGCAGCCUCAUUCUAAUGGACGCAGCUUUACGGGCUUUGCUGACAGCAUACUAUUUGCUCGACGAUCGGGCUGCCGGUCAUCGAACUUCGAACCAACGGAGGCUCAUUGAAGGCAAACUCGACGAUACUGUGCGUCAUUAUGUAGGGUCCGCUGCACUACACGUCUGGAAAGAUGCUCUUUUCUGGGUCAAAUUCCCUCAGAUCACUGCGAAGGCUAUCAGCGAAGUGCGGCAUGUGCCAGACUGCGAAGCGCGCACACGCACACUUUUACUCGAUAUCCCUUAUCUUACUGAGGAAGGCAAGAUCUGGUGGCGUGGAUGGGAAGAUAAUGACAAACUGCAGGAGUGCUUUUCCUCGAAGGAGGAUUUCGCGUCGAAUUGUAUGCGCGAGCUUGUAGAGUAUGGGUCACCUGCCAAACUAUCCUCUGAAGACGGCACGUCUCAAACCUCCACCAAUUUUCGUAAUGGCAGCGAUGGCGAGAGCAACGGCGAGCCAGACGACGGCGGGAUUAGCGAAGACGGCGAGAGCAGCGAAUACGGCGAGGACCGCGAUUUCAGCGAUGUCGAGGGCAGGGAUGCCGAGGAUUCCGAAGAGGGCAGCGAAUACAGCGAGAGCAGCGAUGUCGAAGGCAGCGAAAACAGCGAGCAGAGCCAAGGCGAGAGCAGCGAAUACGGCGAGAUCGAGGGCAGGGAUGUUGAGGGUGGCGUAAAUGUCGAGCAAAGUAAAGGCGAGGACAGCAACGAUCGACUGCGCCGCAGAGCAUCGAUAUAGAAGACAGCUCGAUCCAUUCCCAGGAUAAUUGCAGCGGAGACGGUGCAGGACUACGGCGAGCCGCAAAAUCUACCAGCACUGAUACCGUAGAAU